AUGGCGCUGCUCCGACGCCCGACGGUGUCUGGUGAUUUGGAGAAUAUUGACACAGGAGUUAAUUCUAAAGCUAAGAGUCAUGUGACUAUUAGGAGGGCUGUUUUAGAAGAGAUUGGAAAUAGAGUUACAACCAGAGCAGCACAAGUAGCUAAGAAAGCUCAGAACACCAAAGUACCAGUUCAACCCACCAAAACAACAAAUGUCAACAAACAACUGAAACCUACUGCUUCUGUGAAACCAGUACAGAUGGAAAUGUUGGCCCCAAAGGGUCCUUCUCCCACACCUGAGGAUAUCUCCAUGAAGGAAGAGAACCUCUGCCAAGCUUUUUCCGAUGCCUUGCUCUGCAAAAUCGAGGAUAUUGAUAAUGAAGAUUGGGAGAACCCUCAGCUCUGCAGUGACUACGUUAAGGAUAUCUACCAGUAUCUAAGGCAGCUUGAGGUUUUGCAAUCCAUAAGCCCACACUUCUUAGAUGGAAGAGAUAUAAAUGGACGUAUGCGUGCCAUCCUGGUUGACUGGCUGGUGCAAGUCCACUCCAAGUUUAGGCUUCUGCAGGAGACUCUGUACAUGUGUGUUGCCAUCAUAGAUCGGUUUUUACAGGUUCAGCCAGUAUCACGUAAGAAGCUUCAACUGGUUGGGAUUACCGCUCUGCUCUUGGCUUCCAAGUAUGAGGAGAUGUUUUCUCCAAAUAUUGAAGACUUCGUUUAUAUCACUGACAAUGCUUAUACCAGUUCCCAAAUCCGAGAAAUGGAAACUCUAAUUUUGAAAGAACUGAAAUUUGAGUUGGGUCGACCCUUGCCACUACACUUCUUAAGGCGAGCAUCAAAAGCCGGGGAGGUUGAUGUUGAACAGCACACGUUAGCCAAAUAUUUGAUGGAGCUGACUCUUGUUGACUACGACAUGGUGCAUUAUCACCCUUCUAAGGUAGCAGCAGCCGCUUCCUGUUUGUCUCAGAAGGUUCUAGGCCAAGGAAAAUGGAACUUGAAGCAGCAGUAUUACACGGGAUACACAGAGAAUGAAGUACUGGAAGUCAUGCAGCACAUGGCCAAAAAUGUGGUGAAAGUCAAUGAAAACUUAACUAAAUUCAUCGCCGUCAAGAAUAAGUAUGCAAGCAGCAAACUCCUGAAGAUCAGCACGAUCCCUCAGCUGAACUCAAAAGCCGUCAAAGACCUCGCCUCGCCUCUGAUGGGAAAGUCCUAG